AUGCUAAGAAGAGUUUGUGUUCAAAUUGCGGAUUUGGCACCGAAUACGGCAGCCACUGUAGCUCGGGCAGCCGUAGGAGCCGUUACAAGGGAAUUAAAGCCAGGUGAACCCGCCACAGCUAGUAUUGCCAGGGUACUUGGCUUUCUAGCGUGCUUAGUAUCUCACGCACCAGUUAAGUGUGCUGUUCUCCAUGCUAUGAACAGUGGAGGACCCAGAGCAACCGAUGUCCAAACUGCAUUAUGUUCUGUGCUAGUUUGGCAAAUGCAUCUAACGAACAUGGUGCCGCUCAGGAGUACGCCGCACAUGCUUUAG